AUGACAACAGUUUGCAGUCCAAGUGCUGCUGGUGUCCACUGCAGCUGUGAGAUGGGCUACGUCUGGCCCUGUGACAAAUGCAAGGUGUAUGGAAAAUGUGAAAAUGAUACAACUAGCUCAUGUAACUGUAUUAAUGCCAUUCCUGAAGAUGGACAGAUCUGUCAGUCUGUACAGGGUCAGAACAACACCCAGUGCACAAUCCCCACUCCUACUCCUGAAACAGUUUGCAGUCCAAGUGCUGCUGGUGUCCACUGCAGCUGUGAGAUGGGCUACGUCUGGCCCUGUGACAAAUGCAAGGUGUAUGGAAAAUGUGAAAAUGAUACAACUAGCUCUUGUAACUGUAUUAAUGCCAUUCCUGAAGAUGGACAGAUCUGUCAGUCUGUACAGGGUCAGAACAACACCCAGUGCACAAUCCCCACUCCUACUCCUGAAACAGACACAACAGCUAAUACUACUACAGAGAUGGACUCAAAUUCAACUGUCCCCACCACUGUGGUCACCACCCCUGCCUUUCUUUAUAGAUACAACAUUUAUUUUAAGUUCAACACCACAGAUUCAUCAGUGAUGAAUCGACUGAGAAUUGUUCUGAGAAACGUCUCGUCCCACAUCAGUGCCAAUGGCAUUCACAUCAACAGUGUUGAUGUUUCUACAGUAUGCAGUCCAAACAACAGCAGUUACCAGUGCACAUGUGAGGAAAAGUACCGUUGGCCAUGUGACCUAUGUUUGACCCAUGGGUCAUGUGACAACAUCUCCAACGACACUUGUGGAUGUAUACAUGGUCUUCCUCCUGAUGGACAGUACUGCCAGCCUCUAGACAGCACUAAUUUCACAGUCUGUCCAUCGACCACACCUGUACCAACUUCAGAAGUCACAAGCCUGAAACCAACAACAGAAACCAAUGUAACCACAUUAUUGCCUGUAACUAAUACUACAGAUAAUCCAACUACAGAGAUGAACUCUUCAGCGACAACUGUCCCCACCACUGCGGUCACCACCCCUGUCUUUCUUUAUAGAUACAACAUUUAUUUUGAGUUCAACACCACAAAUUCAUCAGUGAUGAAUCGACUGAGAAUUGUUCUGAGAAACGUCUCGUCCCACAUCAGUGCCAAUGGCAUUCACAUCAACAGUGUUGAUGUUUCUACAGUAUGCAGUCCAAACAACAGCAGUUACCAGUGCACAUGUGAGGAAAAGUACCGUUGGCCAUGUGACCUAUGUUUGACCCAUGGGUCAUGUGACAACAUCUCCAACGACACUUGUGGAUGUAUACAUGGUCUUCCUCCUGAUGGACAGUACUGCCAGCCUCUAGACAGCACUAAUUUCACAGUCUGUCCAUCGACCACACCUGUACCAACUUCAGUAUGCAGUCCAAACAACAGCAGUUACCAGUGCACAUGUGAGGAAAAGUACCGUUGGCCAUGUGACCUAUGUUUGACCCAUGGGUCAUGUGACAACAUCUCCAACGACACUUGUGGAUGUAUACAUGGUCUUCCUCCUGAUGGACAGUACUGCCAGCCUCUAGACAGCACUAAUUUCACAGUCUGUCCAUCGACCACACCUGUACCAACUUCAGAAGUCACAAGCCUGAAACCAACAACAGAAACCAAUGUAACCACAUUAUUGCCUGUAACUAACACUACAGAUAAUCCAACUACAGAGAUGAACUCUUCAGCGACAACUGUCCCCACCACUGCGGUCACCAAUUUCACAGUCUGUCCAUCGACCACACCUGUACCAACUUCAGAAGUCACAAGCCUGAAACCAACAACAGAAACCAAUGUAACCACAUUAUUGCCUGUAACUAACACUACAGAUAAUCCAACUACAGAGAUGAACUCUUCAGCGACAACUGUCCCCACCACUGCGGUCACCACCCCUAUCUUUCUUUAUAGAUACAACAUUUAUUUUGAGUUCAACACCACAAAUUCAUCAGUGAUGAAUCGACUGAGAAUAAUUCUGAGAAACGUCUCGUCCCACAUCAGUGCCAAUGGCAUUCACAUCAACAGUGUUGAUGUUUCUACAGUAUGCAGUCCAAACAACAGCAGUUACCAGUGCACAUGUGAGGAAAAGUACCGUUGGCCAUGUGACCUAUGUUUGACCCAUGGGUCAUGUGACAACAUCUCCAACGACACUUGUGGAUGUAUACAUGGUCUUCCUCCUGAUGGACAGUACUGCCAGCCUCUAGACAGCACUAAUUUCACAGUCUGUCCAUCGACCACACCUGUACCAACUUCAGAAGUCACAAGCCUGAAACCAACAACAGAAACCAAUGUAACCACAUUAUUGCCUGUAACUAACACUACAGAUAAUCCAACUACAGAGAUGAACUCUUCAGCGACAACUGUCCCCACCACUGCGGUCACCAGUAAGUAA